UUAACUGUUUUUGGAUUAUCAAAAACUAAUUGAAGAUUUAAAAAUAAAUAAAAAUAAAGGUAACCCUAAAAAAAACAGAAUGGGUCGCUCUGAUUUUGUGGAUCUUUGAAAUUCCUUUGUGUGCUUCUGCUAGCCGUUACAGACUCCUGCUAUAAUCAGGUGACUAAAAUUGCAAUAGGUGCUAGGGUUUGUUCGGAUGGCAUUUAGAGGAAGGGGACGAGGGCGAGGUGGUUUUGGUCAGGGUUCCGCGAGUUUUGCAAAACAAGAGCCGUAUGUAAUAUUUCCUGAAAUCGAAGAAUACCCAGAAAUCAAUCUCAAACAAAAAGAAGAAUUUAAGAAAUUAAUAGUAUGGGGUGAGGAUUUGAAAAAGUUUUGGGUUUCAUCUCCUUAUCAUUUGGCGUCUUCCGGUCAAGAUUCGGAAAGAAACAGAGGUAUUCGAAAGGCUCCACUUUCAGACUUUAUGAAGUUGACCGAUGACUAUGUUCCUGCGGAACUAGUUUCAAAGAAUGUGAAGCGCAGCAAUAAGAAGGUCCGAUGGGAUCCACAGUCAGACCUAAAGAGAUUGGAUUUCUUUGAGAAACUAGAUCAAGGGCCUCAAGGUCAAGAUGACGGUGAAAAGGAAAAGAAAGAAGAUGAAGAUGAUGAGGAGGAUAACGAAGUUAUUGAAGAGGAAGAAGACGACAGUGGUGAUGAUUAUGAUCAGAACAUUGAUUUCGAUGACGAUGAAGAUGACUUCAACAUGAAUGAUGAUAUCGGUGAUGAUGAGGGUUAUUAUUAGAAGCUGCUGCUUAUUGGUACAUGUCUUGAUCUGGAUAUGAGUGAGAGUUAUUGAGAAAGCAAUACUGGUUUCAUGUUGAGAACAAUAUGAAAACAUCCUGGGGUAUGGCCCUUCUACUGAAGGGUAUUAUGGUCAUUUUAGAUCAUUAUAAGACCUUUAUGUAUUAUGAUGAUUAUUAUGAUUAGGUUGAAAAUUAAAUA